CUGAGCACCACCCCUUCUCCGGCGGCCGCCGGGUCCUGCCUCACGUCCUCCACCACGGCCGCCGCCUCCUCCUCCCACCUCCGGCGGUUCUCCCAUGAAGAAGGACACGACCACGAUCCUCCGCAUCCGGCGCCAUUGGUCCCCGUACUCCGUGAAAAUCAUGUCCUGCCCACGGCCCGUGAAUACAUCAAACACGAUGUUGCGCGAUGGGGAGCCCAACUGGGAGCCCUGGCUCAGGAGGACUCGGGCGGCGAGGUGGCGGGAGGAGACGGCCACUAUGUUGAGCUGGCCCAUGCGGACGAGGAGGAGGUCGCCGUAGGUCUUGGCGAGUCGGGCCAGGGUAAGGUGGUCGAGUUUGUUGCCGAUCUUGAGCCAGCUGCUGAAGAUCGGGAGAGGCGUGGGGUCGGGAGGGAGGUUGAGGCGGCGGCCGCGGAGGAGUUUGGAGGUGAGAAGGGCGGCGGGCGGCGGCCGCCAGGAGGAGGCUGA